AUGUUACUUAAUACUAAAGCAUCAAGUAAUAUGUUACUUAAUGCUGAAGCAAUAAGUGACAUGUUACUCAAUGCUGAAGCAUCAAAUGACAUAUUACUCAAUACUAAAGUAUCAAAUAACAUGUUACUUGAUAAUGAAGUAUUGAAUAGCAUAUUACUUGAUACUAAAGCAUUAAGUAAUAUAUUAUUAUUACAAUUAUCUCUUGAGGCUCUACAAAUUUCUUUAUUAUCUACUGAUACUGCUUCAAUUCUACUUAUAUGUUUAGAAGAAAUUAAUAAACAGUAUCAAAUAAAAAAAUCAUUAAAAAGCAAUACAACAAAAUAUAAUUACUUAUGUCUAUUAAGCAUAAGCUGA